AUGCACAUUUUAAGCCUGGGCUGUUCCCUCCUAGCUGUUGCUGAAACCGUUUCGGCCCACCCGACCCCAAUCUUGGGGGAGAACGAAAUCUUCAAGCGCAAUCUCCUGACGAAGCUUCCUCGAAACGCCGAUGCGAAUAGUCUCAGAUUCCAGCCGGCUGUCGAUUUCGAUAAGGAUAGCUGCUAUAAUACUGCCGCUGUUGACCCGUGGGGAAAUCUGAACCCAGGUCUUCCAAACAAAGGCAAACCUGCCGAUGGCUGUCGUGAUCUUCCACGACUUGAUAAUGCCAAUGUCUAUUCCAGAUAUCGCUGCAAUAAUGGCUGGUGUGCUUAUAUGUACGAAUACUACUUUGAGGUAGAUAGAACAGGCGCAGGCUCAGGUGGUCAUGUUCAUGAUUGGGAAAACGUGGUUGUUUUUGUGCAAAACGGCAACAGAAUUGCCCGUGUUGCACCAUCAGCACAUGGGAACUACGAUGGGGCUACUAACAACCCUGUGCUUGACGGUGACCACCCACUUGUUGUUUACCAUAAGGAUGGUGGCAGCACGCAUUCCUUUCGCAUAGCUAAAGAGUCAGAGCGACAUGCGGUUGAGAAUGGUUACGGAUGGUGGCAAAUUGCUGAUCAGGUUGCUUGGAAUGGUUAUCCCAGUAAUUGGAUUCAGGACCGACUGACAAAUGCCGACUUUGGAAAGGCAACGCUUAAGCUGAUCGACAGCCGGUUUGGUGAUGCUCUUAAAAAAGCUGCGGGCAACUCUGUUCCUGGAUUCAAUCCCUACGGCUAA